GUGGGCGUCCCUUGCGGCUGACGACAGCAACGUCCCUCGGCGGAAGCGUUUGGGUUUAGGGGUGGCGGCUGAGUGUCGACGGGCACGCCGAACGUACAUGAACACAUCUGAAGCACCACACACGCCGUCACAUGAUCACGAUCAUUGUCGUCUUCGCAGGCACACCUUUGUCGUCGACGUCUACAUCAAGCACUCCGGUCGUCACUUGCACCAUCGCUAUUGUGCGCCCCGGCGCACGUGGAGUCUUCUGCACUUGGCGACGCCCAUGUCGACAGUACCAGUUUCGGAGAUGGAGAUGAACGGGGAGGCGGGCCGUGACACACUGAGCAAGGCGGAGAGGACAGCGGUGGCAGCGGCCUUGAACGCCAUCCUCUUCCGGUGUCAAUUGCAGAGGACAGAGGGGAGGAUGAGAGUGGCCAUUCGCGCACGGAGAAAGACGACGCUGCAGUCCAUGAAUGUGGACGGCUUCGACACUGGUGCCGUUUGCGACGUCGUGCUGCAGUUGUGCUACGCCAUGGGGUGUGGAGCAUUUCCCAGAGUGACACCUAGGUGGUGGACGAAGCGACAGACAGGCGGGACGUGGGAGGAUCUGCGGCAAUGCGACGACGCGACGACCGACUACUUAAAGGACAAGCUGCGCAUGUCGCCACGUGUGUUCCGAGAGAUCGCAGAAGCUCUGUCUCCCUUCCUUCAACGGUGUCUCACUUUCUAUAGGGAGCCCCUCCAGCCUGGCCACAUUAUCGUGUACGCUUUGUGCAGGUGGGCGUCGGGGGAGACGUACGAGAGCGGGACAUGCAGCUUCGGCAUUGGCAGGUCUUCUGGUGUUCGUGCUGUGCGGGAUGUAACUGCGGUGUUGCUGACUGCGUACCCUGACAAGAAAUCGUGGCCGGCGGGGCUGCAAAAGGCGGUCUUCUUGCGUGCUUUCACUGACAAGGGUUUCCCGAGCUGCCAUGGGUGCAUCGACUGCACCCACAUCUUCAUCGACAAGCAAGCGAAUUGCCCAGGGGAGGACUACUACGAUAGAAAACACCAUUUCUCUGUCCAGGUGCAGGUCGUUGUCGAUUCGAACUUGCGCGUGCUGGAUGUGUUCGUCGGGUAUCCGGGAAGUUGCCACGACGUAAGGAUCGUCCACCUGUCGAGUUUAUGGGCGCGCGCGGAGGCUGGGGAGCGUUUCACUGGGCCACCUGUCAUGCUGCCUUUCGGUGUGCAGAUGAAUGGGUAUCUGCUGGACGACAAUGGUUAUCCCCCUCCGAAUGGGUAGUCGUCCCCUACGAUGGUCUCUCACAGCACCCGUCGGAGUUGCGCUUCGACAACA